UGCUUGGCUGGGGAAGUGCCACGGUGUCCAACAGAGGUGAACGUCACAGUAGUUUGUGUUGUGACAGUGGUUGUGAGAUAGAGUCCACUGUGCGUUUUAUUGUUUGCAUUUAUUUUCCUUCAAGGGUCAUUAUAUGAAAACUCCAAUCUGGAUCGCAGCGCUAACAACAGGAAGAAGAUAGAGGAAUUCUCUAGGUCUUCCCGUGACAAACUGGUCCAGUCGAAGAACAAAAUGUUCUCCAAAUUUACAUCGAUUCUACAGCACGCAGUCGAGGCGCUUGCGCCUUCACUGCCCUUGCAGGAGGACUUUGUGUAUCACUGGAAAGCCAUCACACAUUACUACAUAGAGACAUCAGAUGACAAAGCACCUGUGACAGACACCAACAUCCCGUCCCAUCUGGAGCAGAUGCUGGACAUCCUGACGCAYGAGGAGUCAGAGAGAGAGUCUGGAGAGACUGGGCCCUGCAUGGAGUACCUGCUGCACCACAAGAUCCUAGAGACCCUCUUCACCCUGGGCAAGGCCGAUUGUCCUCCGGGAAUGAAGCAGCAGGUUCUGAGUUUUUACACCAAGCUGCUAGGACGCAUUCACCAGCCUCUUCUGCCCCACAUCAAUGUCCAUAGACCUGUACAGAAACUCAUCCGUCUGUGUGGAGAGAUCCUGGCUGCUCCCACGGAGAACGAGGAGAUCCAGUUUCUCUGUAUUGUCUGUGCCAAACUAAAGCAGGACCCCUACCUCGUUAACUUCUUCCUGGAGAAUAAAGUGAAGAGGCCUGACCCAAAGAGGCCCGGUGUAGAGGGGGUUAGGGAGGACUUGGCUUCACCAGACACAGGUCAACCKCAGGCAGAGGGACAGGCAGCUGAAUCACGUGAGGAACCCAAGUCUGCUGCUGCUCAGUCCAACAACAACAARGUCAACAACUACAACAUAGUCACAUCUCUCCUCAACCUCACCAAGAGUCCGGAUGGCAGGAUAGUGGUGAAGGCAUGCGAGGGCCUCAUGCUUCUGGUCAGUCUGCCUGAGCCGGCCGCGGCCAAGUGUCUGACGGAGAACACUGAGCUCUGUGAACUCUUGACUGACAGACUGUCAGCCUUCUACAAGGCUCUCCCCAUGUCCAUGGAUCCCCUGGACAUUGAGACAGUGGAGUCAGUCAACUGGGGACUGGAUGUGUAUAACAUGAAGGAUGAUGCUGCCAUCUUCACUGGGAAGCGAGCACUCAUCUCCUUCCUAUCUUGGCUCGAUUACUGCGACCAGCUCAUCAAAGAGGCUCAGAAGACGGCGGCUGCAGUGUUGGCUAAAGCAGUGAGAGAGAGGUUCUUUGUGGCGGUCAUGGAGCCCCAGCUGAUGCAGACGUCGGAGYUGGGCAUCCUGACCUCCACGGCUUUGCUUAACAGGAUCAUCCGCCAGGUGACCUCGGAGGCCUUGCUGCAGGACAUGGUCUACUUCCUCCUAGGGGAGGAGAAAGGACCAGAGACCCUAGCCAGCAUUGCCCAGAACCCCCUCCGACACAGACUCAUAGAGCACUGUGACCACCUGUCAGAUGAGAUCAGCAUCAUGACCCUGCGUCUGUUUGAGCACCUGAUCCAGAAGCCCAACCAGCACGUCCUCCACAGUCUGAUGCUACGCAGCCUGGAGGAGAGGAACUACCUGGAGAACAAGCCCCAGGAGGAGAGGGAGCCCGUGGAGAACGGCCAGCCCCACGACUUCAUAGACCUUGAAGAGGACCCUCUGUUUGGCGACGACUUCUCUCCAGAGAACAGGUUGGCCAGCCCUGAUUGGUUGAGCAACUCCCCAACACARAGUCCCUACCACGCAAAGCCUGAUGGAAAGACCGAGGUCCACAAGAUUGUUAACAGUUUCCUGUGUUUGGUGCCUGAUGAAGCCAAGUCCUCGUCUCAUGUGGAGGGAACGGGUUAUGACACCUACCUAAGAGACGCACACAGACAGUUCAGGGACUACUGUGGGAUCUGUCAGAGAUGGGACUGGCGCGGCACCCCCAAGGCCAUGGAGAAGUGUGACCUGGACAGUCCCUUCUUCGAGGGCCACUUCCUCAAAGUCCUCUUUGACAGAAUGGGCCGUAUUUUGGAUCAGCCUUAUGAUGUGAACCUGCAUGUGACGUCAGUGCUGUCUAAGCUGUCUCUGUUACCCCACCCACACAUGCAUGAGUACCUGCUGGAUCCCUACAUCAACCUGGGCCCCGGCUGCAGGUCCCUCUUCUCCGUCAUCGUCAGGGUGGUUGGGGACCUCAUGUUGAGGAUUCAGCGCAUCCCAGACUUCACACCCAAACUCCUGUUGGUAAGAAAGAGACUGCUUGGCCUCGAACCAGAGGGUCUGAACAUCGACCACAUGACCCUGCUGGAGGGGGUGAUCGUACUGGAGGAGUUCUGCAAGGAGUUGGCUGCCAUUGCCUUUGUCAAGUUCCACGCGACUGCCUCCACCUCCCCCUAAUCCAACUGGCCAGGCAGGUCAGGACUAGGGGGGGGUGGGGGGGGCAAAGGACAGGAUCAACAAAUGACUGGUUACUUACCACUGGUCAUCCCUAAAAUAGAUUGUGCCCCAAAGACAUACUGUAAGCAGGACAUGUUUCAUCAAAUGUCUUGGGACUACAGAGAAAGUAUUUUGCCCCAUGCCCUAACCAGAACAACAGUAAGGCUGGCAAUCUGGGGCUAGAGGCUUUCAGGGUGAGGAAGAGGAUGUGUGGAUGGAUGCGGUAGGAGAGGGGACAUUCUCAAGAUGGUUUGAGCUGGGCAAGGCCUGCAGAGUCCCUGCGUGCUCUCUCUCUCUCGCCUUUCUCGCCAACCUAAACAAAUAUGAUCACCCCUUCACUCUGUGUGUCAUAGGAAGAGAAAUGUAUUUUCUGUAUGUGUGUAUUAAUUUAAGUUUUUUUCAGACUCUGCUGUUUGUAAGCGUCAAUGCCUUAGUGUUGGAUUACUACGCCUUUUCAGUUACUCUUUCAGGAGAUUGUUUGUUUUCUAGUGAAACAUUUUAUCUUUUGCCCACAUCUCUAAUAUAUUCUUCUGUCAAAUUAUCAAUGUCAAAUCACAAAGAAUCUGUGGACAAGAUAGCCCCUCUAAUUAAUUAGCACCCAUAUUGCUUACCAAAAUCAGGUAAUUCACCCGAUUCGUAAAACAAAGUACAUACAAUACAAUGUGAAAUGUUCUUAUUUAACAAACAUUUUUGUAUGGAGAAGUUCACUGUAGUGUCUGAGAUAAUAAGAUACUAGUCACGGUGUGGCAGAAGUGGAAAGUCCCUGUAUUUAUUUUCUUUCGGGUUGCCUUUUUAACUGUCAGAUAUGCAUUUUUAAAGAAAGAAAACAGUUUUUAACCAAUUUAAUAGAACACCCAUUAUAUGGACUAAUGGUAGACAAGGAACUCUCAAUGCAACUUACUUUGCAGAAAAUGUGUCAAGUUUUUUUGAAUUGUUCCCGACUAGUAAAACUUCACUGUGGAGAUGUUCCUGUUAACAUUGCUCAGGCUUCCUACCUAACCAUGCCAAUGGUUGUGUAUUUCUUAUUGUUUGCACCCUCAACCUCACUAGCAAUGGGAUAACAUUAUAGAGUAAUGUGACAUCACAUUUUGUAGAAUGUGGAUCCUGAAAAACAAAACUGGAUUUGGACAUGGACUUCUAUGUACAUUUGCACUCGUUCCAUAUAUCAGAAUCUUUGCUUUCUUUUCGGGAACUUCGUCGGCUUUUGAGGAAAGUGACACCGCUUUUUGCCUCUGUGACGAUGUUUAACACCAGUAAUCAUUAUUGCCGUUUUCAAAAUGUACUCUGCUACAUUGUACACUUAUGUUGUCUUUGUCUGUGCUAGUGGCAUGGCCAUCUUUCAGCGAUCUUAGAUUGAACACAUUUUCUACCUGUUAUUCAUGACUUGUUUAUUUAUAGGAGGUGAUCUUAAUGUUGGGGUUGGGAGGUCCUCAAAGUGAUCCUAUUACGUCAUUKAUUCUGUCUUGGUUAGCUUACAUUGUGGCAUGUAGGCCUACAUGUAAAUGUAUGGGAACACAGUACAUGAAUUUGAUAUGUUCCUUCGUAAGCUACCAUUUUAUAAAUGCAAUUUGGAUACAUACAGUUUGUUUCCAUAGAGGUAUUUCAUUUACCGAUAGUAUUGUUUUCCAGCAUGGUCUUUGAUGACGCAGAGGAAAGGACUCAAAUUAAUGUGUACUUAAUGUAUAAAAAACAAAUAUUGAUGGAGGACACUAUUGUGUGUGUUGUGUAGAUUAGAAGAUCAUGUAACCAGGGUUCGUUGCAAGUACCUGUUGGAGUAAUUUUGUGGAGGUUGGAGACUUACACUUAAUUCUUUAAUUGGUCUGAAUUAGGGAACUACAUGACAUAACCGGUGCUGGGGAUGUGUUGCUUGCCUGAACGCUUGUGGGUUUGUGUGUGUGGUUGUGUUAUAGGGGAUGAGUGUGUUGGUGUGUGAAUGCUUGCUGUAGAGUACGCGUGCUGUAGUACGCAGGCUGGAUGAAUCUCCAUGAGGUCAGGAGUUGAAAUACUCCAAAUGGACACUGAACUUAGUGGCUAGAGCUGUUGUUCCUGCUAAGUUGACAUAGCAAGUUGGCUUCUGGUUGUCUACCCUAUACAGCACCUGGGGGAGUAUGUCACAAAAUAGGAUCAACUUGUUUGAAUGUUCUGGAUAACUUAAUUAAUUGAUUCCACGAACAUCCCAUUUUACAGUUUUAGCUUUAAUAAAAAUGAAAUAGCGUAUUAUCUGGUUCAUUUAUAAAGUUAGCUGUCUACCUUGGUUUUCCUGCAUUGUAGUAUACCCCUCUGGCCUAAUUAUGCAAAUGUUUGCAUGAAAUCAGAUUUGCACAUUGUUCAUAUGUUGUACAUAUACCAAUACUAAAAAGCUUUUUUCGUUUUUGAUUUUUUUUUGUUUAUCAUGAACUCCCCAAAAAUAUUAGAAUGCACCUUUCAGGAGUGACUUGUCUACUUUAAUGGAAGAAAAACAUUUUUUAUUCUUAAUCAUGCACAUUUUGUUAUCAACGUUUCCAACCUUUCUGUACCUGUGUAUAUAGGCUAUACGUGUACAAUAGUAAUAUUGCCAGGUGUAAAUGCAUGCAUAUCAUUUAUUGUAAUUAUGAAAGCAGCAUCUCUCUCCUAGCCUAGUACCAGAUCUGUUUGUGCCUUCUGGCCAACUCCUAUGGCCAUUGUCACACUAAUGACCAUAGGAGUUGGGAAGACUCCACAAACAGAUCAGGGACCAGGCUCUCUUCCAUCCAUGAUGAUUUCUUAGCAGUCAGCACUUUGCUCCUCUUCUGAAGACACUGACAAGGAAAUACAAUGAUGCCUUACUUCACACUAUGACAUUAAUGGUUUCACUGCUUGGGUUUGUUUGUUACACAUUGGAUGCUCUAUUUGUGAACAGCAUACAGAGGCUUGUAUUUCCUUGUCUGGGUGCAAGAGUCUAGUAUUAAAAAAAUCUGAUGCCAACUUAGUUUAUUUUCCUGUUAUGUGUCCGCUUAGACCAAUCACUGUAUAUCUUUGGUAAAAAUGUUUGCUGCAUUUAAUUGUUAACCUAAAGCUGGGUGUGAAAUGGGUUAUCUUUUCGGACUUUUUCUUGACCAGUAUGAUUUAUUGUGUGAUUAGUGCAAUGGUAUUUAAAUGUGAUAUAAGUUGCAUGCUCAUUCCUCAUCACGCCUCUUGAUGCUUAUGAUCAGUGUCUGGAAAGUAAGUCGCUGUCAGGGUGGGUUCUUUCCUGCAGUUUCUCUCAUGCACUCAGGGGCAUCACGUUUUCCAUUCUCAUCUGCCAUUUCUGGUUUAUGCGUGCUACUUUUCGGUGUGUAUGAGAAAUCACACAGGACAUUAUGGCUUUGUUUAUCAUCUUCCGUCCCUAAUAAAAAUACAGCUUUAUUCAUCAAGUUAUGUUGAAUCAAAUUGACAAAAUGCA